ACGGCGUUUUCCCGCGAAAGAGAAGCGCGCGUUUUUCUCUGGUCGGGGAUUUGGUGAGAAGACUCGGACCGGCAGCCGCUGUGAGGAUAUCGCGCGCGGUGUUGCAGGCGCUGAGACCAAGGGACCUGGUUCUAGAGUGUGUGUUUAGCCAUGCCGGCACAGCGGCCCGCGAGCAGCGGCGGGUCCCUGGCUCCAGAUGUGGCUGAGCGAGUGGAGCCCGCCGUGAUUACCCCAGCCAUGCUAGAAGAGGAGGAACAGCUUGAGGCUGCCGGACUUGAGAGGGAGCGGAAGAUGCUAGAAAAGGCUCGCAUGUCUUGGGAUAGAGAAUCCAUGGACAUUCGGUACCGUAGACUUCAACAUUUGCUUGAAAAAAGCAAUAUCUACUCCAAAUUUUUAUUGACUAAAAUGGAACAGCAACAAUUAGAGGAACAGAAGAAGAAAGAGAAAUUGGAGAGAAAAAAGGAAUCUUUAAAAGUUACAAAGGGUAAAAAUUCCAUUGAUGUAAAUGAGGAGAAUCCAGUUAUGAGAAAGAAAAGAGGAAGAGAAGAUGAAUCAUACAAUAUUUCAGAGGUCAUGUCAAAAGAGGAAAUUUUGUCUGUGGCUAAAAAAAAUAAAAAGGAGAAUGAGGAUGAAAGCUCUUCAUCUCAUCUCUGUGUAGAAGAUCUUCAGAGAAACAAAGAUUCAAAUAGUAUGAUUAAAGAUAGAUUGUCUCAAACGGUUAGACAGAAUACUAAAUUCUUUUUUGACCCAGUUCGGAAAUGUAAUGGACAACCAGUACCCUUUCAGCAACCAAAACACUUUAUAGGAGGGGUGAUGCGAUGGUACCAAGUGGAAGGCAUGGAAUGGCUUAGGAUGCUUUGGGAAAAUGGAAUUAAUGGCAUUUUAGCAGAUGAAAUGGGAUUGGGAAAAACAGUUCAGUGCAUUGCUACAAUUGCGUUGAUGAUUCAGAGAGGAGUACCUGGACCUUUUCUUGUCUGUGGCCCUUUGUCUACGCUUCCUAACUGGAUGGCUGAAUUCCAAAGAUUUACACCAGAAAUUCCUACUAUGUUAUAUCAUGGGACCCAGGAGGAACGUCGAAAAUUGGUAAAGAAUAUUCACAAACGAAAAGGGACACUCCAGAUUCAUCCUGUGGUAAUCACUUCAUUUGAAAUAGCCAUGAGAGACCGAAAUGCGUUACAGCAUUGCUAUUGGAAAUACUUGAUAGUAGAUGAAGGACACAGGAUUAAGAACAUGAACUGCCGUCUAAUCAGGGAGUUAAAACGGUUCAAUGCGGAUAACAAACUUCUUUUGACUGGUACUCCCCUGCAAAACAAUUUAUCAGAACUUUGGUCAUUGCUAAACUUUUUGUUGCCAGAUGUAUUUGAUGACUUGAAAAGCUUUGAGUCUUGGUUUGAUAUCACUAGUCUUUCUGAAACUGCUGAAGAUAUUAUUGCUAAAGAAAGAGAACAGAAUGUAUUGCAUAUGCUGCACCAGAUUCUAACACCUUUCUUACUGAGAAGACUAAAAUCUGAUGUUGCUCUUGAAGUUCCUCCUAAACGAGAAGUAGUCGUUUAUGCACCGCUUUCAAAGAAACAAGAGAUCUUUUAUACAGCCAUUGUGAACCGUACAAUUGCGAACAUGUUUGGAUCCAGUAAGAAAGAAACAGUUGAGCUAAGUCCCACUGGACGACCAAAACGGCGAACUAGAAAGUCAAUAAAUUACAGCAAAAUAGAUGAUUUCCCUAAUGAAUUGGAAAAAUUGAUCAGUCAAAUGCAGCCAGAGGUAGACCGAGAAAGUAGAGCUGUUGUGGAAGCGAAUAUCCCUAUAGAAUCUGAAGUUAAUCUGAAGCUGCAGAAUAUAAUGAUGCUACUUCGUAAAUGCUGUAAUCAUCCAUAUUUGAUUGAGUACCCUAUAGACCCGGUGACACAAGAGUUUAAGAUUGACGAAGAAUUGGUAACAAAUUCUGGGAAAUUCUUAAUUUUGGAUCGAAUGCUGCCAGAACUGAAAACUAGAGGUCACAAGGUGCUGCUUUUUUCACAAAUGACAAGAAUGUUGGACAUUUUGAUGGAUUACUGCCACUUUAGAGAUUUCAACUUUAGCAGGCUUGAUGGAUCCAUGUCUUACUCAGAGAGAGAAAAAAAUAUGCACAACUUCAACACAGAUCCAGAUGUAUUUAUCUUCUUAGUGAGUACACGAGCUGGUGGCCUGGGCAUUAAUUUGACUGCAGCAGAUACAGUUAUCAUUUAUGAUAGUGAUUGGAACCCCCAGUCUGAUCUUCAGGCCCAGGAUAGAUGUCAUAGAAUUGGUCAGACAAAGCCAGUUGUUGUAUAUCGUCUUGUUACAGCAAAUACUAUUGAUCAGAAAAUUGUGGAAAGAGCAGCUGCUAAAAGAAAACUGGAAAAGUUGAUCAUCCACAAAAAUCAUUUCAAAGGUGGUCAGUCUGGGCUAAAUCAAUCUAAGAACUUCUUAGACCCUAAGGAGUUAAUGGAGUUAUUAAAAUCUAGAGAUUAUGAAAGGGAAGUCAAAGGAUCAAGAGAGAAGGUCAUUAGCGAUAAAGAUUUAGAGUUGUUGUUAGAUCGAAGUGAUCUCAUUGAUCAAAUGAAUGCCUCAGGACCGAUUAAAGAGAAGAUGGGGAUUUUCAAGAUACUAGAAAAUUCUGAAGAUUCCAGUCCUGAAUGUUUGUUUUAAAUUGGAGCUAAAGAAUGUCUUUAAAAAAUUCUUAUUUACAUCCACUGAUUUACUUUUAUUGGUGUUGAAAUCCAGAUUAUCCACUUUACUUUUUGAUUAUAUCAGUUUACAUAAUGUAACCUGUACCAUUGCAUACUUAAUAGUUGAUAAUUUUCUGAGCUUUAUUCAGAACAAAGAAGUAUUCACAUUAGGUGUAGAUUUCUCGGUUAACUUUUCAGACUCGGUAGUACUCUUGGGUACAGGCUGAUGUGUACGUCACCACUGCCAGAUUUAUACAGUCUUCCUGUGGAAGUUUAAUGUCUUUUCCCCACCGUUUAGCAGUACAGUUCAUGGGCUUUUGGUACUUCAGUUAUGGAGUAGGCUUUUGAUGGGGGAAAGAUUGAGAUAAUGCUUUCCGUUGUUUAAAUAAGAAAUUGUUUGAAUUUAGGGUCUGUUUCUAUAAAAUGGUUUACCAAAUAAAUCUUCAUUAUAAGAUGA